AUGGUAUAUGCCGUCCCACUCAUUAUUUUCAUGGACGAUGUGUCGGGCAAUGUGUCGAAGCAGUGGAAUAAGCAUCACACCAUUUAUAUGUCCAAUGCCAACUUGCCACGCAAGAUGCUCGAGAAAGAGUUUUUUGUACGAUUUGUCACAUCAUCACCUCAUGCUGCACCAAUGGAGCUCAUGCGAGCAAUGAAAGAGUCUAUCUGUGUCGCAGCUGAAUUUGGCAUUGUUGCAUGGGACUGCAAGGACAAUCAAGAAGUCAUGCUUAUUCCAUAUGCGUUUUUUGUCGCUGGUGACAAUCCCAUGCAGGCCAAAGAGUGCAGCCAUGCGGGGCUGAAUUGUAAUUAUUAUUGCAGGACAUGCGAGGUUGGUGGCACAAAGGAAUAUAAAGAAUCCAAGGCUGGAUAUAACAGCAUCUUCAAUGUUUGCAAUAUCCGAACACUGGAGGAGACUUCAAACAUAAUCCGACAGCAAUUCGAGACUGCGAUACUUUCAGGUGCCUCGGAGAAGGUGAAGAAUUCUAUGUUGUCGACUGGUAUUCAUGAUACAGCUUCAGCCUCCAUUCUCAACACACUGCUGGAGCUUGGCAAAAAACUCAGGAAAUGCAUAGCAGGUUCUCUGGCAUCACCUGAAAACGAAGUCAGGAUUGUGCUUGAGAAAGAGUUUGAGCAGCUCUUGCAAGGCGAAAGGCUCGAUGAUGCUAUCAAUCCCUUACUGGGAAUGCAUGCAUUCAAUGUUCACAUGGAUACGCCAACUGAAAUUCUCCAUACAGUACUGCUCAGCAUUGUUAAAUACUUCUGGGGGCAGACAGUGUUUCUCCUCGAGAAAUCUAAGCUCCUGCAUCUCUUCCAGAACCACCUUGAGACCAUCAACAAGGAUGCACUAAAUGCUCCUUGUCUCAACGCCGACUACAUCUGCCACUACAAAGGCAGCUUGAUCGGCAAGCAUUUCAAGAGUCUGGCGCAAGUAAUGCCAUUCCUCAUUUACGACCUUGUCCCACCAAUGGUCCUCGAUGGUUGGACAGUUAUGGGCGAACUCAUUGUCCUCGUCUGGCACACGAAGAUAGAAAACAGUGAAACUUAUCUCGUGAGUCCUUAUAUCAUGUACCUGCUCUUUCUAAUCAUCUUUUUGAUAGGCAAAGUUAACACGAACAAUUCAGGACUUUCUGAAUGUGAUGGCACAGUGUGCGCUGAGCAUCCUAAUUAG